UACAUUUGCAGAAGAUCUGGUCUCAUUCAUCUUCUCAUCUUGAUCAAUCUCAGUCUUCUAAACAUGAAUAUCCUUUCUCAGCAACAAUUUUACAGAAACCCAUUGACCACAUUGGAGAAAGGUUUUAGUCGUUCUAUCAAUGCAAUCGAGUGGAAACACACUCAAGUGGGUUUGAAAGGACUAGGAUUUAACUUGUCAACAGCAGUGAAGAGAAAAUUGAGCUUGGGAGCUACAAUUCUUCAAAAUGGUGGAUUGGAGAAAGUAUUCAAAAGAAAUUUCCAAGUCAGACUAGGAGAGAUGCUUGUAACUGCUUCCCAAUGUUAUUUAUCGACAACAGCCGGUCCCAUCGCGGGUCUUCUCUUCAUCUCUUCCGAAAAGAUUGCAUUCCUAAGCGAAAGAUGUAUCAAAUUAUGCUCUCAAAACGGACAGUUUGUUAGAGCACAAUACAAGGUGACGAUACCUCUGGCAAAAAUAAGUGAGGCCAUUGAAAACAAGAACAUCACAAUACCUAAAGAGAAAUACAUCGAGAUUGUGACGGUGGAUAAUUUUGAUUUCUGGUUUUUGGGUUUCUCAAAUUAUCGAAGAACUUAUAAGAAUCUUCAAAGGGAAAUCUCCGAAUCUAAAAUAUCAGAGAACUGCAAUGUAAUGUGAUUUCAGCAUAUAAUUUAACUCAAGAUUUUUGUAACUCUG